UCAUGUCGUCUUUUAUUUUUGCCGAAUGAAGGAAUGGGAGGAUUUGAUAAUAAUGAUUGGAAUAUGGGUGAAUUAUUUAUGUUAAAUCGUUGUGUGUCAUUAAAUUUUGAGGAGGGCACUAUUGGAUUUGCUGAUAAAAUAAAUAAUUUGGAGGAUAAGCUUGAGGAGAUUGAAGAUGCUAUUGAUAAUAUCUAA